AUGAACGGUCGUCCACCUUCCCUCCAUCCCACCACCAAACCCCCCUCACCGCCUCCAAUCCUCAAAACUCCCCUCCUCCCCACCCCCAACGAGCUCCUCCUCCUCUCCAUCUACCCCAUCACUCUCCUCCUUGGCCACCUCUAUAGCCUCCUCUCCCCCACCACCCGCCACCUCCCCUACGACCCUGUCGCGCAAUCCCACCCCGCCGCCCACGCCCCCUCCUACUUCGCCCGCAAAAACAACCUCCUCAACCUCCUCUUCGUCAAGCUCGGUUGGCUGUGGACCACCGUCGUGCUCGCGCUGUUCGUUGCCACGCACCCGCGGUUCGGCGUCGGGGGGCUGGCGGGGCAAGUGGUGCUGAGGUGGGCGGGGAGUACGGGGGUGUGGUAUCUGGUUACGCAGUGGUGUUUUGGGCCCGGAUUGGUGGAUCGGAGCUUUGCGUUGACGGGGGGGCGGUGUCAGGUGUUGAAGGAUCCGGUGGCGAUGGAGGAGAUGGGGAAGGCGGGGGAGGUGUUUACGAGGGUGGCGUGCAAGGCGGCGGGGGGGCAGUGGAGGGGAGGACAUGAUAUUUCGGGACACGUGUUUAUGCUGGUUUUGGGGAGCGCGAUGGUUGCGGCGGAGGUGGCGCCGGCAGUGGUGAGCUGGGUGAGGUUGGUUAGGGAUCGGAAUGGCGUAACGACUACGAUGGGGUCGGACGGUCAAGAGACGGAUGAUAGUGCAGUAAGCGGCUUGGGAGUCAAGGCCGCAGCGGUGUAUCUGGCUUUGAGCUGGUGGAUGUUAUUGAUGACGGCGUUAUACUUCCACACUUGGUUCGAGAAGUUGACCGGCCUCAUCAUUGGACUUGCUGGAUUCUGGCUCAUUUAUUAUCUCCCGAGAGGCAUGGCGCCGGUUCGAGCCAUCGUUGGAAUGCCGGGAUUAUGA